ACUUAUUAAAUAGAAAGCAAUGCAAGUGCAGCAGCCUCCCCCACGGAGAAGAAUUGUUCCGCCUAGUACUCAAACACCGGCAACACCAGCAGGUGGAGGAUUUUCUCGGAGUGGCACAAUUAGUGAUGGAAGCUCAGGUUUUCCCGCCGGUCAUAUUCGACCAUCGUCACUUGGAGUAACACCGGGUUCCUCUACACCUGGCGGGACUCCAAUACCGUCAGGGUCUCCGAUAACUUCAGUUGCCAAAAUUGUAGUAUGUGUGAUUUUGGCGAUUGGAACAAUUUCACUCCUCUCGUUUGACAUAAUAGACGUGGACGCAUUCUUUGGAAUCGAAGAAGUCCACCUGCCUGAUUCAAUUUUUGCCAAAAAGGACUUAGCUGAACCUCACGAAUACGACCCAAUUUCAGUAGCUUAUCUGAGAAAGAAGUUGGAGUCGAAAAAUUUGAAAGCAGAAUUGCGAAAGAAGAUAACAGAGAAAUUGAAGGUCAUUGAUGAAAUCGAAGCGAAACAUGGAAAGCCGAAAAUCCAACAGUCUGCCAACAUGAUGAAAAGUCAUUCAAAAUCACCCUCUGGCUCGACAGAAAGAUCAGAUAAGAAGGUACAGGAGACAAAAAUAGACGAGGCCGCAACGACAAUUCCAGAAGCACAGUUAAAAGUUACAGCUACUCAGGGAACUAUUAAACCAAAUGAGCCAAUAAUAAACCCCGAGAUCUACAAAGAGGCGUUGACAAAAAUGCAUGUGGGGUUUUCGGUUCUAUUUGACAAAGUUAAAGAAAAUAUAGACUACGCGCAGGAAAACAUUGACGCAGCAUCGCUUAAAUCAAGUUUAAAUAUUGAUACUGAUGCGUUAAAGUUAUCGGUUUUUGACCAGCUGAAACCUUUUAUGGAUAAACUGAAUUUGAAAGGCCUUGAUUUGACUGACCAGGAUCAAGACGGGAUUCCGGAUGUCAUGGCAAACGACAUGGAUAAAGAUGGCGUUCCAGACAUCUUUGCUGACAAGGAUAACGACGGAGUUCCAGAUAUUCUAGAUAAUCCCGAAUUUAAAAAGAAGAUAAAAGAACAACAAGAGAAAAAAGGUCUUAAAGACGAUCAGAAAGCUCCUCUAAAAGCUACUACAGAAACUGUAGAUAACAGAGGCGAAGGAAUUAGCGAUGACAGCGAUAGUGUAGUAUUUCAUGGUAGCGAUGAUAAGGACGAUGCAAUCAAGGAAAAUGAGUCAGAAUACCAAGAAGCAAGCAGUACAAGCAAAGUUAACAAACCAGCAAAAGCUAAUAAGAAAACUGAAAAUGUGCAGUCAGUGAAAAAAUCUCAGGCGAAGUCAGUAAAAAAUACGACCGAUGUGAAAGUUUCAAAAGUAGAUACAUCUAAAAGUGUCGAAAAAUUAUCUAGUCGAAAUUCAUCUUCAAAGAAGUCUAAAGAAAUAAAAUGUGCUCCAUUUGACAAAGAAUGUUCAUCUAAAACUGACCCCCAUGCUAAAGCCAUCAAAGGUUUGCUAAAGCUCUGUCCAACACUAAGUCCUAAAUGUCUGGCAAAACACAGGGAAAAGGUACUGGAAGAUACAGACAAUGAUGGAAUCCCAGAUUUUCUAGAAGGCGAUCUAGAUAAUGAUGGUGUUCACGAUCAUCUGGAAAUUGACAGUGAUGGAGAUGGCGAGGAAGAUUUUAUGGAGGAGGAUGAAGACGAUGAUGGGAUCCCAGAUGGCCUGGAACUGGACUCCGAUGGCGACGGGAUCCCUGAUGCAUUCGAAGACGAGGAUGGAGACGGGAUCUAUGAUAUCUAUACCAGGGACUCAGACGGCGAUGGAAUUCCAGAUUUCCUGGAAGACGAUGAUGACGACGAUGUUUUGGAUUUUCUAGAGUCUUUCGAGCCAGAGCUUUUUGCAUCAGAAGAAGAGCUUUUGGGAACCGACGACGAAGUUAUUGUUGAUCUCGGAGAAUCGGAUGGCGUCGAUGAUGAUAAUGAUGUCGAUGAAAAUGAUGAUACACCUGACGAAGUUGUUGAUGAUGAUGACGACGAUGAUGAUGAUGAUGAUGAUGAUGAUAAUGAUGAUGAUGAUGGCGAUGACAAUGAUGAUGAUGAAGAUGAUGCUCCAGAUGAUUUGGAAGUUUCUGACGAUGACGAGGAAGUUGAACCGUACGUUGCAGAUGACGAUGAAAACAAUGAUGGGAUUCCCGAUUUCCUUGAAGGUGAUUAUGACGACAAUGGGAUUCUUGAUUACCUUGAAGAUGAAGAAUUCAUGAGUCAUCCUUAUAAUAUUAAGAAAUACGGCUGGAUGUUGGACCAGGGUGGUGCAAAUGCAGGUCAAAGAAAACUUCUGUCAAUUGAUUUUGCGGAAUCAGUAGCAAGCGAGCCAUUGAAUACGGACUUUGAUGGUGAUUAUGAAAGACUAGUUGUGUAUGAUGACUUAAUUCUAGGAACGAAAACUGGCGGUCAACUAUCGAAAGGUGAUGAUGACAAAAGCGUGGAUGCCUCUAGUGUGAAGGAAGAAAAUGUGGUUGCGAAAGAAAAAAGUGUGGUUAGGAAAGAAGAAAUAAAAGUCGCAGCCAAGUUUCUGUCCAAAUCGGAUCGAGUAUGGGCUGCGGAAAUUAUGGAAAUAGAGGCUCUGAUUCACAAGAAUGAGUUCCAGCAAGCAGUUUCAAAAUGCGUCCAACUAUCUGAGAAACACGCGAAAAGUGGUUAUGUUUUCCUCUUGAAAGGACGAGCUUUGAAAAGUCUGGCUGAAUUGCAAAGGAGUAAUGAAAUACUGAAAAAGGCGGUCAGUGCCUUUGAAUCGGCAGCUCAUCUUGGAUCUAAAUCAGACACAACUGAUGCGACCAGGAUCGAGGGAUUUGUUUCGGCUGCAGAGAGUUUAGCUUUUCUAGGUAAGCCAUCUGGCCCUGUGUUGCUGGAUGGGAUGAGGUUGUACCCAGAGGAGAAGAGACUGGCCAGACUGUACAUCGUGAGUCUCCUCCGGACGAACAAGAAUGAUAAAGCGGAACAGUUCAUCCGAGAGAAACUGGCCGCGAAUCAAGACGUCGCUUUCAACCUAGUUCACCUUGGCUACAUAUUAGACCACAAGGGCGAUUAUGAAGACGCAGUUAGAAGUCUAGAGAAGGGUCUUAGAAUGAAAUCUGAAGGCGAGCAUGAAGAUAAAGAAGUGCAUGAGGGUCGUAUGUACCAGGCAUUGGGAGACGCUCUCAUCAGAUUAAACAGGAAACCAGAGGCAGACAAUUGGUUCUCAUUUGCAGCUAAGAAAGGAAUUUUCAUCUCUCAAUAUCAAAGAUCUCUCUACAAUGCACCGAGACCUAUCAAAGCACUUCCUUGGUGGUCGAUAAAUGAUGCCAGCCAACCGAUGCGAGAUGGAAUUGAGCUUCUGGAAAAGAACUGGCUCAAAAUCCGAGACGAAGUGACUCGCAUCAUGAACCAAAACACUGGUGCGUUCGAGGCCGAGACGGAGGGGCUGCAGAAGGAGGGCGACUGGAGACAGUUCACUCUGUUCCAGAGGGGAAGAAAGGUGAAGAGUGCCUGUGAGAAGACGCCCUUCACUUGUGAACUACUCAGGCGAAUACCAGAUGCCACCUCUUGCAAAAGAGGACAGAUCAAGUUCUCGGUGAUGAAGGCUGGCACUCAUGUGUGGCCCCAUACUGGCCCCACCAACUGCAGAAUCAGAACCCACUUGGGACUCAUAAUCCCCCCAGGACCCAAACUCAGAGUAGCCACCGAGACCAGGGAAUGGGCGGAGGGCAAAAUGAUCUUGUUCGAUGACUCAUUCGAACACGAGGUCUGGCACAAUGGGAACAGCACACGACUGGUUCUCAUAGUGGACUUCUGGCACCCAGAACUAACUCUGGACGAGAGGAGAACACUCACCCAAAUCUAGAAUCGAAGAAUAAGACUAACUUCUAUUUUGGACAAUAAGAAAGAUUCAAACGGAGAUUUUUAGACAGACGGAAAGUAUUUAAACAGACAAGCAAUUUAAACAGAAAGAAAAAAGUGGAAUUGGAUAUACCAGGACAGCACUUAUGAAUACUUAGAUCAGAAAUAUUCAUACUGAACUUAAAAGAGAACGCAAAAAUGUAAGUGGAAAUAAUAUGCGAACGAAAUAUUUGGGCUUGUAAUUUGAAAGAAACUAGUUGUUCUUUCCAGCUGAGCCUUGCUACUAUGCUUAUGUGCAAUAUUUUCUGAAAACUCGAAAAUUUGUUUCUAUCUUCAAUCCUUCAUUCAUGUUUUUUUUUUUAAAUUAAAAUGUAAUUAUGAUCACAAACUUUAAAUAUCACGAUUGAUUUGAAAUCUGCAUUGAGUUCUUGCAUUGAUCUGAUUUCUUUAAAAAUUUGCUGUCAAAGAAUUAAUUCAGUGCCUUACUUACUUUACAUGUGCUACUUAUGCAUAAAUGCUUACAAAAUAUCAAUUCUCGAAUGUCGCAAUUUUUUCCUGUAAUUUGAAACUUGUUCGUAAUUCACGAUGUUCAUAAUGUAAUUCACAGCGUGUUUUUAUCUCGUGAUGAUUUUCUUAUCUUUAAUUCUAAUAGUUGCACACUUUCGAAUAUUUUGCCCAUCUAAUGCUUUAAAUCUAUGUCUUAUUUUACUCCUUUUGCUUCUAUGGCACAAUCAAGGGUAUUACAAAAUUUAACCUAAUUUCUGCUUAGA